UCGUCCAAUCACAGCUGCUCAGCUCUAAAGGGAAAGUGAAACUGUUUCUUCUUCCCGGAACCCAGAGCAGAGACACAAACAGCACGGUCACUGCCAAUUUCUCUUACUUCCAGAUUUGAAACCCCCCCCCCCCUAUAAAAAGAAGACUGAAUGAGAAAUUGUUGCUAUAAGAAGUCUACCCCCCCGUAUUGCAGAGAUCACAUGAUCGAAGCCAUGGCCGGACUCAGGAUAACCACCAUCUUUACAUUCAUGUCCCUUAUAAUAACCCUUCAGACUUCAUCUGCACAGAGGUUUGACAUUAAGGUCACAGAGACACCAGUUAUCGCCCCUGAGGGCAGUGAUGCAGAUCUGGGCUGUUCCCUGGUACCUGCAGGCAGCGCUGAGAGUAUGACAAUCAAGUUCCAUCGGGGAAAUGCAAGCUCCUAUGUUUAUAUGUAUGAGAAGGGAAAGGAGGAUCUCAGUAAUCAGAAUGAGACAUAUAAGGGCAGGACGGAGUUUCUGACAGGGAACAUCACACAAGGACAAGUGACAUUAAAGAUAAAGAAUGUUCGGCCGUCGGACACAGGGAACUACACCUGCCUGUUUGUUUCUCCCAAUCAUUACAGCACAGGAAUUGUGGAACUACAGCUGGCAGGCUCCCUGAAAGCCUGGCAGAUUGCACUAAUAGCCGUUGGGUGCAUUGCUGCUGUUGCUGCCUUGGGUUUGCUCAUCUAUAAGUUCAUGAAAAAGAAAGCAGACAGUAGAGAAUAUAGGACAGGAAACAGAGAGGAGUACGGAAAGCCUUUAGAUGAUUGAUAUUUCGUCUAAGACUGGGGGUCCUGGGAAUGCUGCACUGAGGCCCUAAAUGAUGUCCCCAUGAAGGAGCAUUUCUCCCACAGGGUCCCCCCUUCAUCCCUUUUAUAUCAGCCACAUAUAUAAUCCCCGUGCUACAUGGCUGGUUAGCAAUGAGCAAGAAUGCUGCAGGACACACUGGGGCUCAUUUACCAACGCAUCGCAGCGCUGUAAUAGUCGCAGAGGCAAAACUUUUGCCCUGCGCAUAAGCAUAUUUAAGAGUAUAUUGCAAAAAGGUUCAUGCUCUAUUUUUGACGCAAACUGCUGCGCCAUACAAACAUGCGCAUAUGACGACGCAAAUGUAGAUGGCGCAAGCUAAUGCUCUAAUAAACCCGCAGUCAGAAUUACGCCACAAAUGAACAGGCAUAAAGAUUUCAAUGCAGCCGUGCCUGCCCAAAUCUGCCCCUAUAUACGCGCCAAUAGCACAUAUAUAGGUGCAAAGGGCACACUCACGCAAAAAUCGGGCACUUAAAACCCGCCCCUAGCCACACACCCCAAAAAAUACGUUGUUGCUUGCAACAUUAUUGCCCAGUAUUUGCGACAUGCGCAUAAAAAGAACUGGCGGAAAAAUAAAUGAACCAACACAAUGUAACGCAUAUGCGAUUGCGUGUGCGCACAAAAUGGCGCAUAAUCAUAAUUGCGCCUGUUUGUGUGCUGCGAUGCAUUGAUAAAUGAGCCCCACUGAGUUCUAAGCAGCCAUGCAAUUCUUACCUAUGCUGAUUAGUACUCAGACAUGUACAUCAGAAUUUCAUAUCUGGUCCGUAACUGAGGAGGCAGCACUUCUUUCUGGUAUUUUAUUGUACAGCGCUGCGGAAUAUGUUGGCGCUUUAUAAUAAUAAUAAUAAAAAAUAUGUUAUGUAAUAUGUUAUGGGACCACAGGUCAGACUGCUUCCGCAUUAGCCCCACCCACUGGGGAAUUUUUCCACCUUAAUAACGUAAUAUAUUUUAUGGCUUAAUAGGAGAUCAGUCUCCCUGUGGGCAGGGCCAUAUACAGUAGAUACUUACCAGCAAUUACAGGCAAGAAGGGGCCAUGACAGAUCCCAAAGGCCUGCUGGGUAAAGCAAACUGAAUUAUGGGGGAUAAUAGCCAAGCUGCUCCCGAAUAGAGACUUCUCAUUGUGAGAUGGGAAAUUUAGUUACUGUCGAAUGUUAUACUCAGCUUUAGCUCACAAGCUCAAGUCAGCAACUUCACCCCAAUAAUAAACAUUUGCUGACCCCAGAAAAUGUAUUUAGAUUGUACAGGGUUUGUUUUUCUUAUCACUUUGAUAAUAAUAUUAUCAUUCUCUUUGCAAGGGUUGGACUGGAUCGCGGAGCACUGGGUUAAAAAACUCAGGGGGUCCUAUCAGCCCAGGCUUGGGCCACCAGUCUCCCUUUGUGCACUCGGGGGUCAUAUGGGCCCCUAUGGGGAGUGUGGAGGCUGUGGCAGGGGCCCCGGGGCACCCCCCCAGUCCAACCCUGCUGUUUGCUAUUUAACUAUGAAUACUAUAUUUUAAGUAUUUACUGAUGUUAUAUUUCUUAUGUUUUGGUGUUGUGUUUAUAGAAUAAUAAAGUAUUGUAUGUGUUAUACAUUAUGUACAUAGGAUCCAGUACAGAACAUUAGGGCAGUGCCCCACAGAGAGAUUAGUCACUCAUGUUAGAUCUCUGCUACCGCGGGGGACUAAUCUUUCCGAAAUGCCGAAAAGGCAUUGCUUCUGCUUUCCGAAGUUGCACAAAGUUGUCUGCAACUGUCUGCAAAUUUCCCGCAACUUCGGAAAACUAAAGAGAUGGGUAGGCUUUUCCAUUGGCGAAUCCCUUUGUUGCUGGUGGAAAGGCAUUUCGGAAAGAUCUAUCACGGUGACUAAUCUCUCUGUGGGACAUAACCCUUAGCAGGAUAAGUAAUGAGAAUAGGAUUAGACCCUUGGGGGCGGGUACUGCUGGUGGAUCCUCCCACAUCCUUCUUCAAUGAGCGGCAUUGCUGGCACUUACUCAGGGUGGCAGUCACAGCACCACCCAUUGGGUUCAGUAGGGCCCCAGUCACCUUGGUGAUACAGACGUGCUGUAAACUGCCCUGUCUUCCUUUGACCAAUAAUGGAUAUAUUAGGAUAAAUGAUUGUAUUUUGUGACUACCAAAGAAAAUGGGUUUCCUGUGAUCUGUUAUUUAAUGUAAAUCUCAGGCUUAAUUGGCUUUUGUGUUACCGAGUACAAAUGCACAAACACCACAAGAGGGAUGGGAAACCAAUGGGAAGGAUAGAGGAACAUUAGUAACUCCACGAAGAGAUCAAGGACAUACAGGGGCUUAUCAUAGAUUGUAAGCUCUUUUGGGCAGGGCUCUCUUCACCUCUUGUAUCGGUUAUUGGUUGCUAUCUUGUCCAUUAAGUGUCUUAAUUUGUACUUUUGUAAUGAAAUUUGUACUUUUGUGUCUGUGUAAUGUAACAAUAAAACUUGAUAUGGAAAUAAA